UCACACUCCCUCUCUCCCCCUCUCUCCCUGUGGCUGUUGUCCUGGUCACAGACAAACAAUGAGCGCGAAUGACAGACAGCGGAAGUGACGUCCGUAGUAACGCGCGUGUUGAUCGGUGACCGUGGCAACGCCGCGGGUGGUUGUCCAGAUCCCGGCCCCGGGGCUGUGUCUGUGUCGGUCCGCGGCCCCGAGCGCCAUGGAGAGGCCCUACCCAUCCGAGUGCGUCUACAACCUCCUGCCCCGGGAGGUCACGAGAUUCAAGCGCCCUCCCAGGUUUAUUUCCAAGCAUACGGAAACAAUAGAAAAGGAGUGGGAAAGUAAGAAAUCUUCACACAAAACAAUGGGAUUAGCCAAAGUUGAACGGCCUUGCCCAAAAUAUUUUCUACAAAAGCAUUCCAAGGAACCAAAGCCAUUUGAAGGGAAACCAUUCAAAUGCCGAGAGAACAGUGGACAGGUGACCAUUACAAAUGAGAAACCUAUCAUGGGACUACAAAGUAAGAAGAACUUUGUCCAUAAUAAUGUGAUGGAUAUUUUGAUGAAAGUACCAAAGAAGCCUGUGCCCAUCUAUGUUGAUACUAAAAGAGGAAAUAAAAACCUACUAGAACCUUCAGGGCUCGUUCAUAAAUACUUGAAGAAAAAGGACUUUGGUAAAACACCCCAAUAUAUAACCGAGCGGAAAGAAGAGGUCAAAAGAGUACAAGAAGAAUAUGAUGCUUAUGUAAAGGAGUAUAUGAGGAAAGGUGCUAUGAAACAGCUGACUGAAGAGGAGCGAGAUGCUGUGUUACAGGGACUGAAGAAGAACUGGGAAGAGCUGCAUCAUGAAUUCCAGGGUCUUUCUGUUGUGAUAGAUUCACUGCCGAAGAAAAACAACAAACUAAGGCUUGAGGCUAGCAUGAAAAAUUUAGAGAAAGACAUCGAUCUGAUUGAGAGGCAUAAAACAAUCUACAUUGCACAUAAUUAAAGAUUUAUGAACUCGCCUCCUAAAUUUCCUCUGUUUUGGAAGACAUAAAGCAUAAUUGCAUUAGGAUUUUAAGUCUCCAAGUACUAUAGAUCACAGUAGCAGUUGCUCAUGUAAAACAGAUCAAUAGUAAUCAUACUUCGCGAAUAUAUGAAUAAGAGUGCAAAACGUUGAGGAAUUAAAUGACAAUUGGUAGCAAAGUUACAGUUUACAAUUUAGAACGCAUUAUUCUACAAUAUUAUUUCCUGCAACUUACUUUAGAAACAUCAGUCCGUGUAUACUUACAGUAUUUGAUUCAACAACAAAAUUCAUAGAAUUGUUCAAAAUGAUAUGUACUGUACACAAAUGUUAAAUUCUGUCCUGUAUUAAUGAGGAAAUGUUUGCCAGCAAUUUUUCUUUGGAUUUAUAGAGUAACAUAAGUGGUUAGAGCACUUGCCUCGCAAGAGAGAGACCUGGGUUUGAUUCCCA